CCCCCUCCUCUCCUCUCCCUCUCUCUCUCUCCCUUUCACUAAUUUAUCUGGAUGUUAGCACAUUCUGUCUUGUUACAACCGGACGCCUGUAGGUUUGUUCAUAGGGAUCAUUACUUAACUGAUCAGGAUGGCUGUGAAAUCUAUGUUUAAAGGAAAGACGUGAUUCAUGUAGUGUCAAUGAAAUAAACCCUCCAACUUUUUUUCCCCUCUAUCCAUUUUUUGGAUUUUUUUCAUGGAUGAAAGUGUGAAACAAUUCCUCCUUGUGCUUUUUUCUUCAGUGUGAAUCCCAGAUGUAAAACUGAAAGGAAAGGAAGACUGCAGAGAGAGGAAUAAAGUGGAAAGAUUCUGAUGUUUAUGCUAACAAGGAAUAUUGUGAAUUACAUGGUUACCCUCUGCUCGGGAUAUAUGACUUGUUUUCUCCUUGAGAACUCAUGGUGCUUAAGCAAAAUGAGGAAUCAACCUUGGUUUGAUUUCCCUGGGUUGUAGGAUUCUAUCUUGGUGGCCUUAUUAACUAGAUAAAAUGGCAAAAGGAGCUGUAAAUCAACCCAUGUCACAUUUGGACAGUUAAUGGAAUACAUUGGACAAAAGACUUAACUUUUUGCUUGGAAUAACUUGGAUUUGUUUAUUUAUUUAUUUUUUUUAUCUUUUUUUUAUUCAUUAAGAAAUUUGGACAGCAUUUCAAAAAAAUAGACGAAUGUCCACUUUUCCCCCCAAACAAGUUCAUGGGAAUGUAAUACCACCUGUCUCAUCUUCAGGAUGUCAGUGAGCACUUCUACUGUAGCGAAAGGUGUGGAUCCAACUGCAGUUGAUGUCUAUGACAGUGGUGAUGACUGGGAAAUUGGUGUGGGAAAUUUAAUUAUCGAUUUGGAUGCAGAUUUGGAAAAGGACAGACAGAAAUUUGAGAUGAGCAACUCAACAAAUAGUGGCUGUGCUUCCAAGGACAGUGGACAUUGCUUGGCAUCAAGUGGACCAGUUAACUCUACCUCCUCUACAUUAGCUGACAGCCUCAAAUUUGCUUCAGUUCAGCAAACAUCCAGCUCCCAAGGGAACAACCACAAAGAGACUAGCAAAUCAAAAGUGAAAAGGAGUAAAACUUCGAAGGAUGUUAAUAAGUCAUUGCCUUCUGCAUCUUUGUAUGGGAUGCCUGAGAUUAGCAGUAGCACUGGCAAAAGACAGCAGGAAGCAGGACGCCUUGGGGAGGUGGCAUCUUCAGCUGGCAUGAAUGCAGCACUGGGCCAUAGUACUAAUGGAGUUGGCCUUACUGCAAAUGCUACUUGUGGGAAAAAUGUCAAAGAGGAGAGAACUGGAAGUAAAAGCCAAAGCACCAGGGGCUCAAAAAGGGAUAAGGAUUCUGGAAAGUCUAGAAAGGACAACAGUAAUAAAUUGUAUGACCUUGGGAAUUCCAACACUGGAGUGAAUAACCAAGCAGUUGUGCAUUUGUAUGGUUUUGGAGGUGGAAAGGCCCCUGGGAAUGGCAGCCCUUUUCAUUGUGGCAAUAGCCUUGCAGGGGAGUUGGCUAAGAGUACAGUUGAUUCAGGGAUAAUGGGGAACUCUGUACUAGGAAAAAAAGAAGAGGAAGAGGAAGAAGGCCACAGGCGAAACAAAAAGUUAAAAACAGAAAAGGUUGAUCCCCUGUUUACAGUGCCUGCCCCUCCACCACCACCACCACCAGUUUCUAACAACAUCUCAACAUCUCCAAUUCUGCCAUCAUAUUUUUCACCAUCUUCAACUAUCGCUGCACCCGUGGAGCAGCUUUUAGUAAGGACUCGCUCAGUUGGUGUAAACACAUGUGAAGUUGGAGUAGUAACGGAACCAGAAUGCCUUGGACCUUGUGAACCUGGCACCAGUGUCAACUUGGAAGGGAUUGUCUGGCAUGAAACCGAAGAAGGUGUAUUGGUUGUGAAUGUCACAUGGCGGAAUAAGACAUACGUUGGUACUUUACUGGAUUGUACAAAGCAUGACUGGGCUCCUCCAAGGUUUUGUGAUUCUCCAACAAGUGACCUUGAAAUGCGUGGAGGUCGUGGCAGAGGGAAAAGGGCAAGAUCAGCAGCAACAGCAACAGCAUCUGCCCCAGGCAGCGAAACAAAUUUUACAGAAGUGAGAGGACUUCAAAAUAAAAGUAGAGGUGGGGCUAACGGGAAAGGAAGGCGUGGAAGUAUUAAUACAAGUGGACGUCGGACACCCCCAAAUUGUGCCAUAGAGGAUAUCAAAGCAAGCCCUUCUCCGGCUGGUAAAAGGAAAAAUAGGCCUUCAAUAGAGUUAGAUCUGAAUUCCAGUUCAGAGGACAAUAAAUCAGGGAAGAGGGUUCGAACUAACUCUCGUAGUAUGCCAACUACCCCACAGGGGAAAAAUGAUUCUUUUUUGGACCAAGGUUGCUCUUCUCCAGUUUUAAUAGACUGUCCACAUCCUAAUUGCAACAAAAAGUACAAGCACAUAAACGGUCUUCGGUAUCACCAGGCACACGCACACUUGGAUUCAGACAACAAACUGGAUUUUGAACAAGACAGCGAGGAUAAAGUUUCAGACUGCGAGGAAGCACUAAGUAAUGUGGCACUUGAAUGCAAUGAAUCAAGCACAAGUAUGGAUCAAUUGAAAGCCCCCAUGUCUCCUGGUUCACAAAGUGCUCCUGGUACACCAAAGGGCAAAAGAGAGUUGGCAAACAAUUGCACCAAUCAAAUUAAUAAUACAAAAACUGUCAAAAAUUCUGGAAAGAAGAAAGGCUUAAAUGUUGAACUUAAUAACCUUCCUAUCAUUUCAAACAUGUCAGUUACACUGGACAAUUGUGCAUUAGAUGGCAGUCUUACUGUAGAAAUGCCAAAACUGGAAGCAGAAGGAAUAAUUGAUAAGAAAAACGAAAAGAACAAAAAAUCGAAUAACUGCAAGGUUGAUAAAAAUCUUUCAAAGCUUAAAACCACUCGGCCAAUUGCUCCAGCUCCAGCUCCCACACCUCCUCAAUUAAUAGCAAUUCCUAGCGCAGCAUUUACAAACACUACAACAGGCACAAUACCUGGAUUACCCUCUUUAACAACUGCUGUUGGCCAGGCAACACCAAAGAGCCCCCCAUUAAAACCAAUUCAACCAAAGCCGACAAUUAUGGGAGAGCCAAGCAGUGUAAAUCCUUCCCUUACAUCACUCAAGGACAAAAAGAAAAAGGAAAAAAGAAAAUUAAAGGAGAAGGAAAGUAAAGAUGCACUAAGUCCUCAAGAAGAAGUUUGUAAAGUAGAGGAUUUAAAAGGAUCUGCUAAGGAUUUAUCUGGACAUUUUUUAAAAGAGCAUAUUAAUAAGAGUGAAUCACUUAUUAAUGGACUGAUGGAUACUACAGAGAGCCGAAUGGCUAGUAUUAAAGCUGAAGCAGAUAAGGUGUAUACAUUUACUGACAAUGCACCAAGCCCAUCUAUAGGAAGUGCCUCUAGGGUUGAGUGUAGCACUGUGAUUAAUGGACAAUCUACUAUUUCACCAUUGAAUGUCUUGACACAGAAUGGUGGAGAUAGUUCUACUACAAAGACAAACAGUCCAGCAUACUCGGAUAUUUCAGAUGCUGCUGACGAUGGAGGCUUUGACAGUAGGUCAGAAGGCAUGAGGUCAAAGACUAGCUCUCCUGCAGAUAUUUUGUGUAAUAAAGACAAUGUUGUUAAGGGUCACUCUACACCCAUUUCACAAUCAUCUCAAGUAAAGGAGUCACACUCUCCAUACUACCAUGGCUAUGACCCUUACUAUUCACCAUCUUAUGUGCACUCGGGACAGGCCAACACUCCAGUCAAUGGAAAUGUAAGCUCUACACAGGAAGGAAAAAGGAAAAAAGAAUCAGAGGAAGAAAUAGAAAAGAAAGAGAAGAGUGAAAUCUUAGAUGCUAAAAAAGCUGAAGUGAGCUCCAAUAAUUUGCCACCUCAACAUCAAUCUGUUAUUACACAACGGCAUCCUGCACUAGCCCAAUCACUUUAUUAUGGACAAUAUGCAUAUGGUCUGUACAUGGACCAAAAGUCUCUGAUUGCAUCUAAUCCAGCCUAUAGGCAACAGUAUGAAAAAUAUUAUGAGGACCAGAGAAUGGCUGAGCAAAAAAUGACACAAACAGGAAGGGAAUGUGAGAGAAAACCUGAAAAUUCACCUAAGGAGCUGGUUAAAGAGGAUGUAAAGCUAAAGAAUAUACCAUCGGCUACAAUUUCAAAAGCACCUUCUACUCCAGAACACGCUAAGAUUAAUACAAAAAUGUCCAUUCCCAAUACAAUGGAAGAGCCUGUGAAAACUCAGAUCCUACCGAAUCAUCAGCAGGUUCAGUGUGAUAGCUUCAAGGCAAAACAAAUGGAGAACCACCAGCUUAUAAAAGAGGCAGUGGAAAUGAAAUCUGUUAUGGACUCUAUGAAACAAACUGGAGUGGAUCCAACUGUAAGGUUUAAACAGGAGUCUGAUUCCCGAUCAUGGCAUCAUUACAUUUACCAGUCAAAGUAUCUUGAGCAGCAAAAAGCUGAGGAAAUAGAACGAGAGAAAAAAAUAAAAGAGGAAAACAUAAAGACUCCUCAUAAAGAAACUGUAAUACCAGUUCCAUUACAAGUCACAAAAGAGGAGGCCAAAGAGGUCAAGCGCCAAGAUACUCAGUUAGUAGAAGAUAACAAGAAUAAAAAUGAUGAUCGGAAAACUCCUGUAAAUUGGAAGGAUUCAAGAAAUGCAAGAGUUGCUGUAUCAUCACCUAUGAGUCAGCAGCAUCAGUCUUAUAUUCAAUAUUUGCAUGCCUACCCAUAUACACAGAUGUAUGACCCGAAUCAUCCAGCCUAUCGUGCAGUGUCUCCAGUUUUAAUGCAUGGUUAUCCAGGAGCAUACCUUUCUCCAGGCUUUCCUCACUACAAUGUUUAUGGGAAGGUGUCAGGAAGAGAUGAACCUGAGAAAGCCAGCACCAGCCCCAGCAUUAACUCCAAAUCAUCUUCUGAAUCUAAAGCACUAGAUUUACUGCAGCAGCACGCAAAUCAGUAUCGCACCAAGUCCCCAGCGCUGGCAGAAAAAGCUUCUACUGAAAGAGAACGAGAGAGUGAGAGAGAAAGGGACCGACAUUCUCCUUUUAACCAACGGCAUCUCCAUACACAUCAUCACACACAUGUUGGCAUGGGAUAUCCCCUGAUACCUGGGCAGUAUGAUCCAUUUCAAGGGUUGACCUCUGCUACCCUUGUUGCCACUCAGCAAGUGGCUGCUCAGGCAUCUGCAUCCGGUAUGUUUCCUACACAAAGAAGGGAAUGAAUACAUUGAAAAUGUACAUUAAAUCAUGUGACUGGAUCACAUGGAAGAGCAAUUUAUUACAGACAUCAGUUCCAUGGUGUUGAUAUAAGAAUGCCUAAGUGGCAGGCAAAAAAAAAUAUUUCAUUUUUUUCUUCAUUUCUUUCUUUUUGUAAAUUUCAGAUUUUUCUUUUUAUAACAGAGUAACAUGUUACUGUAAUUAGAUGUUUGUGGGUGAGAUAUAUAUACAUAUAUAUAU